AUGAGAGUUGCAUUGCAAAACGACCCAUCGGCUGCUGAAUUCUCGAGACAACUGCUGGCGCUUGGUAAUGGACACAUUCCGAUUGAUGUUUUGACUGGAUUAAUAUCGUUUCCGGCAAAUUUUUGUGAGUUCACAUCGUCGAAGGAGGAACUCAUUACAAAAGUGUUCCCAAGCAUUGAGGUCAAUUAUAACAAUCUUGAUUGGAUGAGUGAACGGGCAAUACUAGCAGCGAGGAAUAAGGACGUCGAUAGCUUGAAUUUUACCGUUCGGAGUAAAAUUUCUGGAGAAUUGCGUUCGUACAAAUCCGUUGACAGCACGACAGACGAAAACGAAGCGGUCAACUAUCCGACAGAAUUUUUGAACUCGCUUGAUGUGCCAGGAACUCCACCGCAUAAUUUACAGGUAAAAGUGGGAUCGAUCAUUAUUAUGUUGCGGAAUCUAAAUCCUCCUAAAUUGUGCAAUGGUACACGAUUGUCCAUCAAGAAACUGAUGAACAAUGUAAUACAAUCAACAAUCAUCAAGGGCAAUUUCAAAGGAGAGGAAGUCCUUAUCCCACGAAUUCCGAUCAUUCCAACAGAUAUUACAUUUCAGUUUAAGCGGAUUCAGUUUCCCGUUCAAUUGGCUUUUGCGAUGACAAUCAAUAAAUCGCAAGGCCAAUCGUUGGAAGUCUGCGGGAUCAAUUUGGAAUUUUCAUGUUUUCGCACGGGCAGCUGUACGUUGCCAGUUCGCGUGUUGGCAAACCGUCUUUGCUGUUUAUUUUUGCACCAGAAAACAAAACUAAAAACAUUGUUUAUCAAAAUGCACUAA